AUGUCUCGCUUUAUAACAAGCAUCAUCCUGCGAAAAAAACGACCGUUCUAUAUCAUCGGCCACAUGGUGAACAGCAUCGAGCAGGUGACUCGCUACUUGGAUCUUGGUGCAAAUGCCAUCGAAGCAGACAUCCAGUUCCACCCAAACGGAUCUGUCAAAGAAGUCUACCACGGAUUCCCCUGUGACUGCUUCAGAACUUGCACCAGAAGUGCGAAUCUGGCAGAAUAUUUAAAAUACGUACGUCGCAUCACAGAUCCAUCCGUUACGGGGAGCUAUGCGAACAGGAUGUCUUGCAGUUCCUGGACCUCAAGAUGAGCAGUUUCUGGUAAUCCGCGGAUAUCUGGAAAAGAUAUCGCCAGACAUGUUUUAGACCAUCUUUGGAGCAAAGAUGGAAGUCGUAAACAAGAGGUCAGAGUUCUAUUCUACAUCGACUCUGUAGAAUACCGAGAUUCUAUUACUGGCUUUAUUGAAGAAUUCAGGAACCGCGGUGAAGAGGCCAGACUGAAAGAUGUAGGAUUCGAUGGCGGAACAGGAGAUAUAGGUGAGAUUCGUCGAAUGUUUGCUAACCUGAAAGUCAAGGGCAAUAUUUGGCAAGGGGACGGCAAGUCCAAUUGCCUUAGUCCCGUGUAUCCAGAUGGCCGACUGCGACGUGCUGUUUCCAUCCGGGACUCCAGGACCAGUUUCAUCAGCAAAGUGUAUCACUGGACAAUUGAUCUCAAGUUGCGGAUGAGAUUAUCCUUGAAUUUGAACAUUGAUGGUAUGAUCACCAAUGACCCGGAUGACCUGUUUGAAGUCUUACAGGAAUCCUACUACCGGGAUGAAUAUAGGUUAGCCACUAUUGAUGAUGAUCCAUUUGAACGUUUCGAGGACAAUUGAAUGACCAAUAUCAUUGGUGGCACAUUACGAGUUUUAUCCAAGCAUGAUAAUUGCAACUCCAAUAAUUAAAAAGCAUAUGCGAAAGGCAUCCAGAAAUAUGAACACAAUUCUUCGUACACCAGUCUUU